ACCGCACUUCAUCUGACAUCAAUGCUUGGAAUGGUCCAUCAUGUCCAGCAACUUCUUCAAGAGUCUGGCACUGACGUUAAUGUGACCAAUGAUGAUCUUCAAACACCGUUGGCGUUGGCGGUACGAAAUAACCGUGCGAGAGUUGUUGAGCUUCUUCUGCACGUCGAGUCAAUUGACUGCGAGCAAAAAGACAAGCUCGGCAGGACGCCUUUUCUUAUAGCGGCAGAACUGAAAGAUACAAAUAUCAUGAAGCAACUGCUA